UGGGGUCAAAAGAGUUUCUGGAUGAUCUGUUUGCCCGGUCGCUAAGUUGGGAUCAAACUUCUCCGUAAAUAACUCUGUGUAGGAGAAGCUGUCGCUGCUAGACAAGAUGGCUUCGUUAAGUGAUGAAGAGACCCAACCGCUCCUGAGGGCUUCACAUGUUGGGGAAACCGUGGAAACUCAUCAGCAACAUAAGAGCAGGUGGUGGUCUAUUAGAGUCAUGUACCUAACUAUGUUCCUGAGCAGUGUAGGGUUCUCAAUCGUGAUGACCUCAGUCUGGCCAUAUCUUCAAAAGAUUGACAAGAGUGCUGAUACCGGUUUUCUUGGUUGGGUUAUCGCAUCAUUCAGCUUGGGCCAGAUGAUCGCUUCACCUUUGUUUGGACUUUGGUCCAACCACAGGCCAAGAAGGGAACCUCUUGUGGUCUCCAUAAGUAUCUUCGUAGCCGCCAGUUUCCUGUACACCUAUGUGCACCUUCCAGCUUCACACAACAAGUAUUAUAUGCUGAUUUCCAGGGCACUAGUAGGCUUUGGGUCAGGGAAUGUUGCAGUUGUUCGAUCGUAUGUUGCUGGAGCAACUUCGCUGUCUGAAAGAACAAGUGCAAUGGCUAACAUCAGUGCCUUCCAAGCUCUGGGGUUUAUUCUGGGUCCAGCUUUCCAGGCCUGCUUUACCUUGAUUGGGGAAAAGGGAGUGACCUUCCAAGCCAUCUAUCUGCAACUGAACAUGUACACGGUGCCAUCCCUAAUGGGGGCAUUUCUUGGAAUUGUUAACAUCAUAUUGGUAUUUGCAAUAUUCAGGGAACACAGAGUUGAUGAUCUCGGAAACCAGAUAGUUAGUGUCAACUAUGAAACGGAAGGCUCUGAAACAGAAAAUUAUGAUGAUGAGCCCACUGACCCGAUUGCAGUUGUGUCAUCAAACAUUCUUUUCUUUGUCAUCUUGUUUGUAUUUGCCAUUUUCGAGACUAUCGCUACUCCUUUAACAAUGGACAUGUAUGCAUGGACCCGCACCAAAGCUGUUUUCUACAAUGGAGUCAUCCUUGCUGGAGUGGGCCUUGAGUCAAUUGUUGUGUUCAUUGCUGUAAAAGCUCUCUCUAAAAAGGUUGGAGAGCGUGUGUUGCUCCUUGGAGGACUGGCAGUAAUUUGGGUUGGUUUCUUUAUUCUAUUACCCUGGGGAAACCAGUUUCCAAAGAUCCAGUGGACAGACAUCCAGAAUAACACAAUACAAAACGCCGGCUACCGGGGUUUGGGCUCGGUAGCCUCCGGUAAUCACACAGUGGAGCCAACUGGUUGCCCAGCUAUACAGACCUGGUGCUUCUACACACCAGUUAUCUACCUGGCACAGUAUCUAACAUCUGACAUUUUGAUUGGUGUCGGAUACCCAGUUUGUAAUGUCAUGUCCUAUACCUUAUACUCAAAGAUAAUUGGCCCCAGACCACAGGGCGUAUAUAUGGGUUGGUUAACUGCUGCUGGUAGUAUCGCCCGCACCGUCGGGCCGGUGUUUGUCAGCCAAAUUUACACGCGUUUUGGACCUAGAUGGACGUUUAGUCUAAUUUGUGCCAUUGUCGCAGUCUCUAUAUUACACCUGACAGCGGUUUAUAAGAGACUUAUUGCUUUUUCUCACCGUUAUGGUAGAAUAUAGCAUAAAGAGAAUAUGCAAAAAUGAAA